GCUGGUUCGAGAUGGUCUGUUUCUAAUGUCACUCAGUUCUGGAGGAAGUGAACGAAAUAUGCCAGACCAGCUGCAAUGACGACAAUAUGAACUUGAAAAAAUCCAGAAGUGUCGGCGCGUCCUCUCCCUUGAAUGGAAUAGAUAAACAAGCAAUCGACUGAGUCGCAAAAAAGCAACCUGUGUAGCACCAUUGGAGGAUGACAGAUGAGCCAGCACCACCUUCUUGGUGUUUGGCAAAGCUGAUAAUGACCACAGUGCUGCAGUGCUGUGAGUAUAAACAAUUGUGAUGGUUUGGAUAGAUGCGGAGUCGAAGAGGAAGAAAAAGGUGGCUGAGAUCACCCAGGCGUUGAGCGUGACGCCAGUGGACGUGGCAGCCCUGCGGCGGAUGGCCAUCAGCGAAGGGGGUCUGCUCACAGACGAGAUCCGUUGCAAAGUAUGGCCCUGGCUCCUCAAUGUGCACCUGGAAAACAUCCCAGAGCAACUCGAGGAAGUAGACAGAGAGAAUAACAAGGACUACAACCAGGUGUUGCUGGAUGUCCAACGAUCCCUUCGCCGAUUUCCCCCAGGUAUGCCUGAUGAGCAGAGGGAAGGGCUUCAGGAGGAAUUGAUUAACAUCAUCCUGCGUGUGCUUCUAAAGAACCCACAGCUGCACUACUACCAAGGUUACCAUGACAUCGUCGUCACCUUCUUGUUGGUCCUGGAAGAGCGGCUGGCCACUGCCCUGGUGGAGAAGCUUUCCACACACCACCUCAGGGAUUUUAUGGACCCCACCAUGGAUAACACUAAACACAUACUGAACUACCUGAUGCCAAUAAUAGACAGAGUCAAUCCUGAGGUGCACGACUUCAUGGAACAGGCGGAGGUGGGCACCAUAUUUGCCCUGAGCUGGCUCAUCACCUGGUUUGGUCAUGUCUUGUCUGACUUCCGCCAUGUUGUGCGGUUGUACGACUUUUUCUUGGCCUGCCACCCUUUAAUGCCAAUAUAUUUUGCUGCUGUGAUUGUGCUGUACCGUGAGGAGGAGGUUCUGGACUGUGAGUGCGACAUGGCGUCUCUGCACCACCUGCUGUCCCAGAUCCCUCAGGAUCUGCCCUACGAGAUCCUCAUCAGCCGCGCCGGAGACCUCUUCGUCCAAUUCCCGCCGUCUGAGCUGGCCCGCGAGGCCACCCAGCAGCAGAGCCAACAGACGGCGUCCUCCACCUUUAAGGACUUUGAGCUGGCGUCCACUCAGCAGCGUCCGGACUCCGUGUUGAGGCGACGGCGGCGGGAGCAGCAGCAGCAGAGUCCGCCCGCCAUGGACGCCAAGCAGGGAGCGCUGGUGGCCGUGCGGCCCUCGGCCCGUCGCUUCGUCCGGCUCGCGGUCAUGGGCCUCACGGUGGCUCUCGGCGCCGCUGCCCUGGCUGUGGUGAACUCUGCCCUGGAGUGGGCCCCUAAGCUAGACUUACAGUUCUUUCCCUGAAAGAAGGCAAAAAGAACAGACAGAACAGAGUGGAUGGAUCGAUUGUUUAGAGGAUGGAUGGAUAGAUGGAUGAAUGAAGAAAAAAUGAAAGGAGGGAACAGUUCAUAGAGGUUCCACAGCACCACCUGAUACCAAGAACGAUGAGUGGAUGGAUUGAUUGUGUGAAGGAUGGGUACAUGGACGGAUGGAAGGAUGGAUGAAUGGAGAAAAAAUGAAAGGAGGGAACAGUUCAUAGAGGUUCCACAGCACCACCUGAUACCAAGAACGAUGAGUGGAUGGAUUGAUUGUGUGAAGGAUGGGUACAUGGACGGAUGGAAGGAUGGAUGAAUGGAUGGGAGGAGUGAGCAGCCCAUAGAAGUUCCACAGCACCAUUUUUGCCUGCCCUUAUGUUAUAAAAGACCAUCAUGGAUUAAUUUGAAGAGUAUGAAAGACAAAAAAAAUUAACCACAUUUCGUCUUUUUAUUUAUAUAUUUGUAAAUAUAUACAGUCUGCAAGUAUAGACAUGAUUAAUAUCAUGCUUACAGAGAUUAAAGAUGUGUGCGCUUUCUGUUUUUGUUUUGUUUUGGUAUUAUUUACAGUGUCAUUUAAAACACCGUGGUCAUUUCUACAGCUCAGAAGUUGUUGAUAAAGACUAAAAUAGUUGGUGACAUGAGAGUUGGUCACAUGAGAGAUGGGAAAAGAUAAUGAGGUAAAACUUGAGGGCUAGGGUCUAGCUGAAAAGGUAACUAUAAUGUCUUAUGGGAUUGUUAAAAGACCUAGUUUGUCAUAUGGUUCAGUAACUGGGUCAUCUCCUGAUCUCAAAAUUCAUCAGUCUUUAGUUAUAAGUCUAUAUCAUCAAAAAUACGUUGAAGUCAAGAAUCCCCAUUUCACUAUACAAAUAACACUAUUCUGAGACCAAAAACAUGUCUGAGAACAUUUUUUCCUGUUUAAAUGCCAUCCUUUUUAAGUAACUUACUUUUAUAUAUUUUGUACAGGUUAACCCCUGUAAUGGAUAAUAGAUAAAUAUGUAUGUUUAGGAAUGAUAAUUAAUGCUGAGCCUUGUUUAUGUUCUGUUAAGAUAAAACCAAUGAAUAUAGGAUUCGUCUGUAUCAAGCUGUUUGUAGGUAAAUACAGGGUAGUUUGGUUAAAUGCUUUUUUUUGGCACACCAUUUUCUUUCUCAGACAUUUGUAACAAACCUUGGUCUUACUAGAACACAGUUGAACACUUUACGGUGUUCUGGUGUUUCAAAUACACACUCCUCACAGAAGUGACUUGAUGUAAUAGGUCUUCGAACAAGCUAGCCUGUUUUGAGUUAUUGGAACUUUGGAGUUUUUGACUAUUUUGUUGGUUUAUUUGCACUAAAACACGCCUCAUGCUUCGCUCAUUGCACUAUGUGGCUUGCAGAGGAGUGGUACCUCUCAUAUUAACCACUGUCAUAGUUUAAUCCUUAAUAUAUGGACAAUAAAGUUGAUAUAAAAUGAAAACAAGCAAAGUAUAUAUAUUUGGAUGUCUAUAAUGUUAUUUCUGUAAAUGGGUUUAUUGUACUUUACUGGUGCUGUGCUGGUUAUAAUGUAUGAAAUCUCAUAAAAUUACUCAAGGGCUGAAAUGGAGGAUAACGAGUUUAUAGCUGAUAUCAGUUAAGUUCACUAUAGUGGUCUCUCUCUAGUGCUUAACCAUUUAAAUAUUUUAAGUCAAGUUCUUGGACAUUUUUGGGAAAUGUUCUGAUGCCAACAAAUCUGAAAGUCAAGGCAUCAGCACAUCAGAAAAAAAAAAAAUAUCUUCUUUAAUUUAACAAAAAAGUGCAAACAGCUGUCCAAUGAGAAAAAGUUAUACAAUAAAGGGACAGUAUACAUUAGGUCACCUUUAGUAUUUGUUUGUAUGUUUUGUUGUUGCAUGAAACAAAUGCUGUAUUCACUUCAAACUAAUUAAGGUAAUGGAAUGAUUAUAAGAAGCCUAGCUAAAUGCUAACUUUACUGCCAUUCAGGUCAUUUCAGGUCAUUUCCAGGUUCUGUGGCCCUUAGUAUGAAAAUAAAUACCCAGAAAACCUUA